UGCUGCUUCUAGGCGUUUGUGGGUGACGCCUUUGUGUUUACUGGGUUUCUCUCUGGUAAAUGUCGGUGAAUUAGAUUGUUAAAAUGGAUUUUGGGGAUUUAUUCGACGAGCGGAUGUUUUCUUUCUCCGACUUUCAGGAGUUUACGUUUGUCCCAGGACAUCAGAGACUUUCUGAGCGUGUGAGGAAGCGCCUGUACUACGGUCUGGAUCAAGACGCCUCUCUUGAUGCACUUUCCUGUCCUGUUACUGAUAUUGCAGUCGAACUUCUCCAGAAGUCAGCUCCAAGCCCAAUACGGAAACUCCGCAAAAAGUACGCAGCACAUGUCGCCAGAGAAGCAUGCAUCUCCCCAUGCGCUAUGAUGCUGGCCCUGGUUUACAUCGAAAGACUCCGACACAGAAACCCUGAGUACCUGCAGCAGAUCUCAUCCUCUGACCUCUUCCUGAUAUCCAUGAUGGUUGCCAGUAAAUAUCUAUACGACGAAGGUGAAGAGGAGGAAGUUUUCAAUGAUGAAUGGGGCGCCGCCGGGAAACUGGACGUCCAGACGGUCAACGUGCUGGAGCUGAAUUUCCUCAGUGCCAUCGACUGGCACCUUUUUGCUGAGCCCAGUGAGUUCUUUAAUGUGCUCAGCCAACUCGAAAGCUGCAUUGCGGUGCGUCAGGGUAUGAAGCGUGGCUGGUACACUUACACUGACCUGUGUGUGCUGCUGGAGCAGCCCAACUGGAGGAACAUGCUCACCGCCAUCUACCAACACUUCACCAAGGUUAUGUGUAUGCUCGGUCUUCUCUACCUGACGAGUGUCACCGGGCUCCUUGCUGCCUCCGCGGCUCUUCACCAGCUCAACGCCCCAAACGCAGAGCCUGUAAAUCCAGCCCUCUUCCAUCCUCACACUUCGGCCUCUUCCCUCCAUCCUCGAGGCUGCGUCCUCGCCAACGCCACCCAAAAACCCCAGCAAGCACCAGAUCUCCACCAGCGCCAUCGCGGCCACAGUCACGGCCCGAGUUCUCCUCCUGUCCUCUAUCCGAACUCCGCUCUCUCUCUGUGGAGUUCCCUCCUCUCCGCUCUCGUUCAAUCGCAUGUCCAGAAGGUAGAACUUCAUGUGUGCAGAGCUCAGAAUGUCACCUCAUUUUCCUGGUUCUCUUCUCCCGAUCUUCUCACUCAGUCACCUUUCCUCACACAUGCACAGCCGAGACCGCUGGCUGCGUUUCAGAGACACAGCUGUUGCCCAGAAGCUGCAAUGCCUUAUGGGAAGGCACAGGUUCUCCUCAUACCCACUUAGAUCAUUUGAGCUUGUCUUUUUAACAAUGGUGUUUUGUUUUUGGUUUUUUUUCCCAUAUUGGUGGGAUUUUUGUAUGUUUAACACCUUCUAUAAACAUAAAAGCACUUUGAUCCAACGGCAAAAGAAUGAGAGGGAGGAGUCUGAGGAGAGGGUUCGUGUGUUAAAGACGAUGAAAUAUAUUUUAAAACUCGAUUGAAACUAAUACAAGUUAAUCCUUAAAAAUACAACAUACAUCACAUCAUAUGUAAUAACCACUGCAGAUAAUUUCAGAAGAGGUUCAGACGUUCAAAAAGCACUUGAGUUGCCAGAUAACUCACAGAGUCCCCCUAAAUAUUUUGUUUAAAUUUAGAAAACACAUCUCACAUGGCUUUGUUUUGCUCACUCUUUUUUUUUUUUAGAUGAGAAAAUAAUAAUGGAUGAAACCAUGAGACAUCAAUAUCGAUAUUACCCCCUGGCUGUGAGUUUAGCAACAAUCUGCAGAGUUGUGCGAGCUUUCAUAGUGUUGGUUUAACGGUCCACGCGUCAUUGAGGCCUACAACAAGUCAGGAAAAUGGACAGGCAUGUAUUAUAUAGAAAGAUUUAUUUGCUUUUAGUGAAGGAAUUGAACAGAGUGAGGAAAAGAACAUCAGGUGAAUUUGUGGGAUGAUCCCAAACUUUAGCACAACCUGAUAGGUCGGUGUGAAACUUCAUGCACUUUUCUAGUUUGGAAAUAGCUUGCUAAUAGCCUACUGAGUCUUCAGAGAAUGACCAAGAGAAUAAACAAGAAUGACCUCUAGGACUAGGAUGUUACAUGUAUAGAACACGAUUCGUUUGCUAUAACAGCAGUGUGAUCGAUACUUUAGUACCUGAAGCUAAUAACAUUGCUAACCAUAUGCUGUAAUUGUAACAAAAGGGAACAUGGAAAUUACGUUUUCUGUAUGAAAGGAGUCUCCACUGUUUACAUAUUUCAGUUUCUCGGUCAAACAAGCUGAAGUUUUACAAUUGUUUUUUUUUUCUUUAUAGCAGCUGUAAUGUAAUUAACAGAAUUGUAACAUCACUUUUAAUAAAUGGAUUAAAAGUAGGCUGUAACAUGCCGCACAGUUACAAAUUGUAAUCGCUGCCAAAUUGAGAUGAUUUAAAAAAAAACAACACUUCAUAAUGCUACAUCUGAUGUAUUCUGAACACACCCUCCAUCAGCCAAAGGACCAUCAAUCUCGUCUAUCAAGAUGGUUUUAUUAGAAUUGAGUUUAGGGUUUUUCUACAAAAACAUGCAGAACUAAGCUGUAGUGUUUUGGGACUGAGCAGCAAAGGUAGCUACAUAUCAAGAGCCCUAACAUGCUAGCUGUAACAUUAGACCGGGGAAAGCUUUACUGUUUUGAAAAAAUAAAUUUUCAAUAAAUAUCUAGCCCACUUUUUUUGCUUUGCUUUGAUUUUGAAGUAUUCGAGACCGCAUGCCAUCUUAUCUUGUUUGUUAUACGGCUUGAAGAUAAAUAAAGGAUUUGACUGGA